CGAGCUGCAGUUGAGAAGGUGGCAGUAAUGUACCUAAAGCUGUUCGCCAGCCGCCAUUAAACACAUAAAGAAGAAGAAGCAGGAGGCGGAGAAGAAAGAAGGACCUUUAAACCGUAGACUGAGAUCAACAGAGCAGGACGACGGCGAGUUUUCACUUCAGAACUGAGCUAUUUUUGGUGACAGUCUCCGUCUCCGGAGAUUUGAAUCAGCUCUAAUCCAAGAUGCCUCUAAAUGAUGAGCGACCCACCUCCACAUCUAGCGGUGAAGAUCAAGGCUGUGACGGGGAGUCAUCAUCGGAGCGCUGCGACAGCAUGACGUCGACCAGCGAUCUGGACUGCUCACGUGAAAGCUUCUCCAGCGACUGCUCCAGCAAACAUUGCACACCCUCCUCAAGCCCACCUAAAGCCUUAACCCUGGAUGAAGUCAUGGAUGCUGGAAGAGACCUGUUCAACCUGAAGCUUUCCCAUGAAAUUGUUGUGAACCACAGUUUCCAAAUGGAACUAAAUAGCCUACCCCAGGACAGUUUAUGGAAGAUGGUUAGAGAUAAUCUCCACAAGGCCUUCUGGGACAUCCUGGAGGCUGAACUGAAUGAUGACCCACCUGAGUAUGGACAAGCCAUCAACUUAUUGGAGGAGAUCAGAGAGAUUUUACUAUCAUUCCUUAAUCCUGGUGCCAAUCGGAUGCGGACCCAGAUCAUGGAGGUGCUGGACAUGGACCUGAUUCGUCAGCAGGCUGACAACGAUGCUGUAGACAUCCAGGGGCUUGCCUCUUACAUUAUCACCACCAUGGGCAAGUUGUGUGCACCAGUGAGAGAUGAGGAGAUCAAGAAGCUACGGGAAAGCACCCUCAACAUAGUGGCACUCUUCAGGGAGAUAUUCCGUGUGUUGGACUUGAUGAAGGUGGACAUUGUCAACAAUACAAUUGAACAACUGAGGCCUGUGUUGCAGAGACACAGUGUUGAAUAUGAGAGGGCAACGUUUCAGAGUAUCCUGGACAAAACACCCAAUUCUUUAGACAAUACAACCUCCUGGAUCAAGUCCGCCCUGGAAGAGCUGCAGUCAGCCACUGUACCCAAAGAACAAACUCAUGGUGAUGGGAAAAGACAACAAGUGGUGCCUGGGCCCUUUCAGGUCAUCAACACUGCCUUCCUCCGUAUCCUCACAGGGGACUUCUUUAAAAGCCCACUGCCUGAGACCCUGGCAACAGAUGAGACCCGCCUGCUCGAGAUUCACUGGCAGCUUCAGCAGUGUCAGGCGGUGAACGAGGUGAUGCUAAUUGUCUAUAGCACCAUUGGAGGGCCUAUCCAGGGUCUUCCCUCCCUGUCUGAUCGUCUAAAGAGGAUGAUCAGUGUGUUGUUGGAUGGGAUGCACAGACCGAGCUUUAACCUAGAAGAGUCACUAGAGGGCAUCAGUGGGCAGAUCUGCUGUGAGCUCAACAAGUCUUUAACAGAGAGGAGCUACCCUGCACUCACCCCAGCACUUCAAGCCACCCUCACGGGUCAGAUCUGCAGCAUCACCCAGAAGGACAAUCCCAUCCGCACUCUAGUUGAGGAUCGUGUGCAGCAGUACUUCAUGGUGCUUCUCAACAACCCAAAAUCUCAGCACAAACUUGAACAGGUACCAGCUGGCUUGGCAGUUAUCAAGCCUGAACUAGCGCUGAUAGGAGCAAAGUUCGUCUCCCUGGUCAACUACAACAAGAAUGUUUAUGGACCUUUCUAUGCGGAUAUCAUCAGGAAGCUGCUGUUCAGCAACAGCCCACCUGCAGCGAGCCUUCCUCAGGACCCGGCUCAGGACUCUGUCACCCACAAUUAAAUGCAAAAUAUGGCUCAUGCAGGUGAAGGUUUUUUUUAUCGGACAGGGCUAAAACUGAGAAAGUGUGUAUGUGAGUGUGUAGGGGGGGCUGCUGUGUAUACUGAAAUGUAUUUGAGCACUGUCAAACAGGCUGUUAUGACACAAAGAAGGACAAAGUAUGCGAGUGGGAAGACAAAAUACAAUAGAUAUAUAAAGCGAUUAUCUUUUCCUGAACCUAACCGCGACAUCCCAUUUCAUACAGUUCUCUGUAGUGAAACUCUUAAGAGAAAAAGGGCAAAACUUUAGUAUGUGUAACACAUGCAGCGAGCUUUAUGAAGUAAAAAGGAAGAAGCUUAUAUAUUUAGAAAAGUAGCAGAGUAGCAUUUCAGAUUCUUUACAUUUAACAAGUUACUUAUCUUUGUUCUUUACUGAGGUAUAACUAUAGUUACUCACACAGGGAAAUUGUCCAUAGCAAGUGCCACAUGUGCUGAUAUUAAUGCAAAACAUGAGAGAGCCCUUAAUUCAGUGAGUUAGUACUUUGAUAGUCCCUUACUUUUGUUACUUAAUCUGUCAGAAACUUAAGCUUCCUGUAUUAUUUUAAAUCCACUCUGAGUUUUGACUUGUCAAAGGAAGUUGUCUGCAUGAGUGUCUUUGUGUUGGGAUUUGGUCCUUUUAGUUUUUACUUGAGUAAUUCUUUGGAAUAUUUGCCACAUGUGUUUUCUGUACUUUUACUUAAUAUCUGCCAGUGGAGUACAAGUUAUAUUGAUUUUGUUGCGAUGCUUGUUAUUAUAUUUUGAAGUACUGUAGUUUUUACAGUAUUGCCUGUUAUGUGUUGGCUGUUAGAACACGUUGGGAAACGAAAGGUGCUGAACUCAAAAGUGAUUUUUGGGUCCAUAAUUUCCAGCGGACCUAUGCAUAUGCACAAAGAAAAGCAGUUAUGUAGUUUUACAAAAGUUUACAUGAAAAUGU